AUGAGCAGCGCCAGGAACAACCGCGUGAUGGUGGAGGGGGUCGGGGCCCGGGUGGUGCGGGGCCCGGACUGGAAGUGGGGGAAGCAGGACGGCGGCGAGGGCCACGUGGGCACCGUGCGCAGCUUCGAGAGCCCGGAGGAGGUGGUGGUGGUUUGGGACAACGGCACCGCGGCCAAUUACCGCUGCUCCGGGGCCUACGACCUGCGCAUCCUGGACAGCGCGCCCACCGGUAUCAAGCAUGAUGGAACUAUGUGUGAUACUUGUCGACAGCAACCAAUCAUUGGCAUCAGAUGGAAAUGUGCUGAAUGCACAAAUUAUGACUUAUGCACAGUCUGUUAUCAUGGGGACAAACAUCACCUGAGGCAUCGUUUUUAUAGAAUAACCACACCAGGAAGUGAAAGGGUGCUGUUAGAGUCUCGUCGUAAAUCAAAGAAAAUUACAGCAAGAGGAAUCUUUGCAGGUGCCAGGGUGGUACGAGGAGUUGAUUGGCAAUGGGAAGAUCAAGAUGGUGGCAAUGGACGUAGGGGGAAGGUAACUGAAAUCCAGGACUGGAGUGCAUCAAGCCCACACAGUGCAGCAUAUGUUUUAUGGGACAAUGGCGCUAAAAAUCUUUACAGAGUUGGCUUCGAGGGCAUGUCUGACCUGAAAUGUGUUCAGGAUGCCAAAGGAGGCUCUUUCUACAGGGACCACUGUCCUGUGCUAGGUGAGCAAAAUGGUAACAGGAAUCCUGGUGGGUUGCAGAUUGGUGAUCUGGUAAACAUUGACCUUGAUUUAGAAAUUGUACAGUCUUUGCAGCAUGGUCAUGGGGGAUGGACUGAUGGCAUGUUUGAGACCUUAACCACCACUGGCACAGUUUGUGGCAUUGAUGAAGAUCAUGACAUAGUAGUACAGUAUCCAAGCGGCAACAGGUGGACAUUUAAUCCAGCUGUUCUCACCAAAGCCAAUGUUGUCCGAAGUGGAGAUGCUGCUCAAGGUGCAGAAGGAGGUACCUCACAGUUUCAAGUGGGUGACCUUGUUCAAGUUUGUUAUGAUUUAGAACGAAUCAAGCUUCUUCAAAGAGGUCAUGGAGAAUGGGCUGAAGCAAUGCUCCCUACUUUAGGUAAAGUUGGCCGGGUCCAGCAGAUUUAUUCAGACAGUGACUUAAAGGUAGAGGUUUGUGGGACCUCUUGGACAUACAAUCCAGCAGCUGUCUCAAAGGUGGCAUCAGCAGGAUCAGCUAUAAGCAAUGCAUCUGGUGAGAGAUUGUCCCAACUUUUGAAGAAACUGUUCGAAACACAAGAAUCUGGGGACCUCAAUGAAGAACUUGUUAAAGCUGCUGCUAAUGGAGAUGUAGCUAAAGUGGAAGAUUUGCUAAAGAGACCGGAUGUGGAUGUGAAUGGGCAGUGUGCUGGACACACAGCUAUGCAAGCAGCCAGUCAGAAUGGACAUGUUGACAUUUUGAAAUUACUUCUGAAACAGAACGUGGAUGUGGAAGCGGAGGACAAAGAUGGAGACAGGGCUGUUCACCACGCAGCUUUUGGAGAUGAAGGUGCUGUGAUAGAGGUUUUGCACAGAGGCAGUGCAGAUUUGAAUGCUCGCAACAAACGCAGACAGACUCCACUUCAUAUUGCUGUUAACAAAGGUCAUUUACAAGUUGUGAAGACUUUACUGGACUUUGGCUGUCAUCCUAGUCUCCAGGAUUCUGAAGGUGACACUCCGCUCCAUGAUGCGAUAAGUAAAAAGCGUGAUGACAUCCUGGCUGUACUGUUAGAAGCUGGGGCAGAUGUUACUAUUACAAACAACAAUGGAUUUAAUGCUCUCCAUCAUGCUGCACUAAGAGGGAAUCCCAGUGCAAUGCGUGUAUUGCUGUCCAAGCUACCACGGCCAUGGAUUGUGGAUGAGAAGAAGGAUGACGGCUAUACUGCCUUACAUUUGGCAGCACUCAAUAAUCAUGUGGAAGUGGCUGAACUCUUGGUGCAUCAGGGCAAUGCUAACCUGGAUAUCCAGAAUGUAAACCAGCAAACUGCACUGCACCUUGCCGUUGAACGACAGCACACACAAAUAGUUAGGCUCUUAGUCCGUGCAGGUGCUAAACUGGAUAUUCAGGAUAAAGAUGGGGAUACUCCCCUACAUGAAGCCCUGAGGCAUCAUACUUUGUCACAGCUUCGCCAGCUCCAAGACAUGCAAGAUGUGGGCAAGGUAGAUACUGCUUGGGAGCCAUCAAAGAACACAUUAAUAAUGGGACUUGGUACCCAGGGAGCAGAGAAGAAGAGUGCAGCAUCUAUUGCCUGCUUUCUGGCAGCAAACGGAGCUGACCUCAGUAUUCGUAAUAAGAAGGGUCAGUCUCCUCUUGACCUCUGCCCUGAUCCUAGUCUCUGCAAAGCAUUGGCUAAAUGUCACAAAGAAAAAGUCAGUGGGCAGGUUGGUUCUCGAAGUCCUUCUAUGAUCAGCAAUGACUCAGAAACUUUAGAAGAAUGUAUGGUGUGUUCAGACAUGAAGAGAGAUACGUUAUUUGGCCCAUGUGGACAUAUUGCUACCUGUUCCCUCUGCUCACCACGGGUCAAGAAAUGCCUCAUCUGUAAAGAGCAAGUUCAGUCCAGAACAAAGAUUGAAGAAUGCGUGGUGUGUUCAGACAAGAAAGCAGCAGUACUCUUCCAGCCUUGUGGUCACAUGUGUGCUUGUGAGAACUGUGCAAGCCUGAUGAAGAAGUGUGUGCAGUGCCGGGCAGUGGUUGAGCGGCGAGUGCCUUUCAUUUUGUGUUGCGGAGGGAAAGGUACAGAAGAUACCACUGAUGACAUUUCAAGUGGAAACAUUCCAGUUUUACAGAAAGACAAGGACAACACCAAUGUCAAUGCAGAUGUACAGAAGCUGCAGCAGCAGUUACAAGACAUAAAGGAACAGACCAUGUGCCCUGUUUGUUUGGAUCGUCUGAAGAAUAUGAUCUUUCUCUGUGGCCAUGGAACAUGUCAGCUUUGUGGAGACCGAAUGAGUGAAUGCCCUAUAUGCCGCAAGGCUAUAGAACGAAGAAUCCUUUUGUAUUAAACAAUAAAA